AUGGAUCCAAGUAAAGAUGGUAAACGGUCCUAUUCAUGUCGGAGCGCCCUGUCGAAGAAGUUAGUUCCUUUCCUGGUCAGGGAAGAACUUACAGACAUCCAUGUCAAGGUUGGUCAACGAACAUUCGCUGCUCAUCGGCUCGUACUGGGUUCCUGGAGCGAUGAACUGGCAAAUCUGAUGACUGCCUCUCCUGAUAACGUCAUGGAGCUCGCUCAGAAUGCCACCGACAAGGAGAUCGAGGUUUUUGAAACGGUCUUGAAUUUCCUCUACACGGGCGAGAUGAAUUUCUCAUCGGGCAACGUGAGAAUGGUGAUAAGUCUGGCCAAGAGACUGGGACUCAAGAAGUUGGGCGAGAUGGCUCGGGACUGGGUAGGAGACAUGAUAAACCAAGGGAGUAUGGUCGGCGCCAUCACGUGGUUGAGGGAUACAGAUGAAUACGACUACACUUCCUUGAAGAACGAUUGCCUGCGUACACUAUCUCUGUACUUCCAGUUCAUCCCAGAGGCAUCAUGGUUAGGAUUAAGUCUGAAGGAGCUUUGUAGUAUCCUGGAAAUGAGGGAUCUUGUUGUAGAUAAUGAAUUGGAGGUGAUCACUCGUGUGGAUAAUUGGGUAAAGGCAAAAGGCAGCAUAGAAGACAACAAGGAUCUUUAUCUCGAAAUAGUCCCCAAAAUUCGAUUUCCUUUAGUCGAAAUAUCAGAAAUUUUGCAUCUCCAAGAGGCUUCACCAAUCGUCAAAUUCGCAACUGAAUAUUUUCCUUCGAUUUUGACUGAGUCGUUCAAAUAUAGAGCUCUCUCCAGCGAAGUAGGUCUGCAUGUCUACGAUGCCGAUAGCCGAAGUAGCCAUCUUCAAGCAAGUUACGAUUUUCUCAAGAAAUCAGACUUUCAACCACGACUGUACCUGGACUUUCUGCCACCCGGAAAGGUUAGCAGUUCCCACCGCUAA